ACAUGUUUAAUUUUCUAAAGUGAGAAUAAAGAAAGGUGACUUACUCAACUCAUAUGUGGCCAACUGCUAUAUAAGUGUAAACUUCAGUACAAAUUGGUAAAUAGCAAGCAGUGAUAAGUAAUUAAUGGCUUCUCACAAGUUCUUCUCCAUCACUGUUCUAACAACUUUGCUCUCGCUCUGCGCCAAUGCUCUGUCUCGUACGGAAUACAAUUGUUCUUCUCAGAAAGUUAACCUAACUAUAUAUUAUGACACUCUUAACCCGUACUGUGAGGAAUUCAUUGUAUACGAGCUUCCAAAGGCAUUUGAGCUGGAGCUCAUGCACAUUAUCAACCUCCGUCUAGUACCAUAUGGAAAUGCUUACAUCCAAGAACCUAACAACACCAUCAGUUGCCAGAAUGGCCCAGCUGAAUGCUACUUGAACAGUAUAGAAGCUUGUGUAAUCAGCAUCUGGCCGGAUGUGGUUUGUUCUUACUUCAUCAUCUCUUUAACUGUGAUGCAGAAUAAACAUUUCAAAUUUAUUCACUGUGUUGCAUGGCAAAACUUGGGACGAUUACAGUUAAAAGAAGAUGCAUGGAAAUCAUGUUCUAAAAUAACAAUGCUGAGUGACAAACCUGUCUCAAAUUGCUACAAAAGCGGAUAUGCGAAAAAGCUUCUACUACGAUACGCUAAUGAAACAAAGCACCUAGAUCCUCCUCAUACAAAUGUGCCAUGGGUUGUCAUCAAUAAGCGACCACUAUACUAUGACUACAAGAACUUUGUAAGCUACGUCUGUGAGGCUUACCAAGGCCAUCCUAAACCAUCGGCUUGCACAACACCUAUCUUCAGCUCAGCUAAAAAGUCAAACUCAACCCACUUGCAUAUAUAUUAUUAUCUGCUGCACCUUAUGUCCUGUGCAGCUUUCCUAAUCAACUAGACUUCUAAAUAAUAUACAAGCUUAGAUGCAGUGUUUUGAUAUGAUUAGUUUUGGUGAGGUAAUGUCAGUUCAACAACUAUAUGUAUCAAAUAAAACUAAAUUGCGCUAUAAGACAUUUUAAUCACCUGCUUCAUAAUUUCUAGUACAGCAUACAGAGAGAUGUUUCCUUAUUCCUAAAGCAUCAUGAUCUGAACAAGAAAUGGUACGGUUCUAUCAUGCAAUAGUCCUCCAUAGAACUAAAACCAAGAUUUGAAAUUAAUGUUUCCUUGAUGAAAAUCUGGAAGUUAAACACCCUUUAGAGUUCAUGUGUUCAUCUAAUUAGUAGAAACCCUGCUUGUAGUUGUGGUCAUGAAACAUACUUGUAGUGGAGACCAUACUGGAAGUGAAUUGUCAGUCUCUCAUCUGUGCAUUAAGUAUAAUAACAAGGUCAUUCAUGACCACAUGUACAAGUAUGUUUUCCACUAAUUUGAUAAACAUGUGAACUUUAAAGGGUGUUUAACCGAGUAUAGAGGAAGUAGGUCCUUUUCGGAACUGUCCAGCAGAACUACAGUAUCAAAAUCACUCCCAAAUACACCCAAGAGUGAAGUUCAACAGCACCAUGACAUGUAGUCAUUUGGUGGGACUUGAAUGAUUUGUAAAUCAGGCUACAGUAAAGUGGUACGACAAAUUGUAUCUACCUGGUCGAAAAAAAACAGUUUCAACAUGGUAAGUUUCUGGGUUAGUUUUAUGAUCUAGUACUACCAAAUACAUAUCUCAAUCAUCAAUUGAGUUAGUGCAACCGAAAAUGGAUGGAGUUGAACCAUUGAGGCAGCGAAUACUAGAUUUAAUCACCAGUCAUUUUCUUGUUGAAGUUUGAGUAAUUCAUUAUCUAUAUAUCCCAUCAGUUACCAAACAUAGAAGGAUUAUGAUGUGUAUCCACAGGCCUCUCUGAAAUUAUAACUAUAGUAGGUGGAUUAUAAAAUGUCUCUUAAAACUUCUAAGCUACGUAGCUUUGCUCACUUUUGUCUUCUUUGCAUACCUAAUGUGAAGUGCACCCAGAAAAAAUGCAAACAAUAUUUUGACUUGAUUUACAUGACUGCUUGCUGAGUUGCAAUGAUGCAAUAUUCAUAUGCAUGAUCAACGAAAAUAGAUAGUUCUGAUUCUUUAAUGCAAUGGUUGGACAAGUCAAGGCCAAAAAUAUAAUGCAAACUGGCACUUAUACCACUUCCAAUUUUAGCACCAGUUUGGGAAACUGAAAGAGAUGUGGGGUGGCUAGGGGUGGGGAUAAAAAACAAAACAGAAGUAAAACAAGAAGGAAAAAAAAAAAGAUAAAUGAAGUUGAAAGAGAUGAACAUAAAGAAACAGGGCAAUGAGUGUCCUACCCUUAAUUUGGCAAAACUGCCCACCCACUUGAAGGUUUGCUGGAGACAAAGACCGUUGCCUUUUAUAUUUCGACUUAAUGGCCUUCUUAGUGCAGUUUCAAUCACCAACAAGCCGCACCU